AUUUUCAUAUGUUUAGAAAAUCAUUGUUUAGAUUUAGCACAUACAAUUUCAUAAAUGUUACAUAAAAAGGGAAGGUUGCUUUAAUAUAAUUCAACCGACCAAAAGCUUUGAAUGCACUUUGUGAUGGAUUAAUUAAAGAAUUAAAUUAGGUAACAUAAGAAAUUGAUGGAAAUCCUGAAUAUGGAUCUAUAGUAAUUACUGGAAGUGAAAAAGCAUUUGCAGCAGGAGCAGACAUAAAAGAGAUGUAAGAUAAAUCAUUUCCUUAAGUUUAAAAUAUUCAAAUGCUUGCAUGUAAAAUGAAUAUUUAAUAUAUAGCAUGGGAAAACUUGACUAAUAUUAAGAAACCAAUUUUAGCAGCAGUAAAUGGAUAUGCAUUAGGUGGAGGAUUUGAAUUAGCUAUGAUGUGUGAUAUAAUAUAUGCAGGAGAGAAUGCAAAGUUUGGAUUACCAGAGAUUACAUUAGGAACUGUAUUUUAAUAUUAGUAUUUAAUUAGAUUCCAGGAUGUGGAGGAACUUAAAGAUUAAUAAGAGCAGUAGGAAAAUCAAAAGCAAUGGAAAUGACAUUAACAGGAGAAUUUAUAGAUGCUUAAACUGCACUUUCUUAUGGAUUAGUCAGCAAAGUAGUUCCAGUUUAAAAUUUAGUUGAUGAAACAUUAAAAGUAGCUGAGAAGAUUGCUUCAUUUAGCAAGUAUUUUUAUUUAAUCAUCUUGAUAGACCUGUUGCUGCCUUAAUAAAGGACACUAUUAAUGAAGCAGAAAAUAUUGGAUUAAGAGAAGGAGUUAAAUAUGAAAGAAAAGCAUUCUAUUCAACAUUUGCAACUUAAGAUAGAAAAGAGGGAAUGUCUGCAUUUGUAGAAAAGAGAAAACCUUCAUGGACUGAUAAUUGAGUAUUAUGAUAAUAAUAGA